AUGGCUGAGCAGGACGACGGGAAGGCCGGUGUCGAGGGCGUUGUGGACCUGGAUGAGCCCAAGAAGAUGACCCGGGAGGACUGGAGGAAAAAGAAGGAACUCGAGGAACAGAGAAAGCUGGGAAACGCUCCAGCUGAGGUGGACGAGGAGGGCAAGGACAUCAACCCGCAUAUCCCACAGUACAUUUCCUCUGUGCCGUGGUAUAUUGACCCAUCCAAAAGGCCCACACUUAAACAUCAGAGACCACAGACGGAAAUUCAAGAGGAUUAUUCUGCCAUUGGAGAAUGGUACAAGAGAGGAGUGCAAGAGAACACUGUUACUACUAAAUUCCGCAAAGGUGCCUGUGAGAACUGUGGUGCAAUGACGCACAACAAGAAAGACUGUUUGGAGCGACCCAGGAAAGUCGGGGCAAAGUUUACUGGCACCGCCAUUGCGCCAGAUGAACAUUCCCAGGUGCAACUCAAACUGGAUUAUGACGGAAAGAGAGAUCGUUGGAAUGGCUACGACCCGGAGGAACACCAGCGCAUAGUGGAGGAGUACGCCAAAGUGGAUCUGGCCAAAAGAACACUGAAGGCUCACAAGCUCCAGGAUGAGUUGGCGUCAGGGAAGCUGGACCAAUCGGAACGAGAACAUGACAGCGAGGAUGAGGAUGAAGAUAAAUACGCAGAUGACAUUGACAUGCCCGGCCAGAAUUUCGACUCCAAGAGACGAAUCACCGUCAGGAAUUUGCGUAUUAGGGAAGACACAGCGAAAUACUUGAGGAACCUGGAUCCAAACUCUGCCUACUACGAUCCAAAGACCCGAGCAAUGAGAGAGAACCCAUACUCCAGCACUGGCAUGAACCCCGACGAAGUGGGAUAUGCUGGCGACAACUUUGCCCGCUAUAGUGGUGACACCAUCACCAUGGCUCAAACACAAAUGUUUGCCUGGGAGGCCUACGAGAGGGGCUCGGAAGUGCAUCUGCAGGCUGACCCCACCAAGUUGGAGCUGCUUCAUCGUUCCUUUAAGGUCAAGAAGGAAGACUUCAAAGAGCAACAGAGGGAGAGCAUUCUGGAGAAGUAUGGAGGCCAGGAGCACUUGGACGCACCCCCUCGGGAGCUCCUAUUGGCUCAAACUGAGGAUUACGUGGAGUACUCCCGUCACGGCGCCGUCCUAAAAGGACUCGAGAAAGCCGUCGCUCGCUCCAAGUAUGAGGAAGACGUACUCCUCAACAAUCACACCUGUAUUUGGGGCUCCUACUGGAAGGAUGGCUUCUGGGGAUACAAGUGCUGCCACUCCAUGGUUAAACAAAGUUAUUGCACUGGAGAUGCUGGCAUUGGAAUUAGCAACUCUCAGUGUGUUCCGUUUGAAGACGGUGUCAAUGAGCUACAAGAGGAAGAGCAGCCCAAGACUCUGCUGGAGAUGCACCAAGAAAAGAUGAAGGAGAAGAAGAAGAAAAAGAAGAAGUACAACAGGAACAAGAACAAGAACAAAAAGGAGCAGCACAUCAGCAGUGACGACAGUGAUUCAGAGGAUGAAGAGAAAAAGAAAGAGAAGUUGAAGAUGGCUCUGGAAGCAGAAGACAAGCGCGUGAAGAAUGUGGAAGCAAUGAUGCAGCUGGACGAGAGGAAGAGGCCUUAUCACAGCCUGCAGGAAGUGAAGGCCCCCACCGAGGAAGAGAUCGAGGCCUUCCGCAUGAAACGCUGCCGGGCCGACGAUCCCAUGGCUUCCUUUCUUGGACAGUGAUCUCUCCCUCGUCCCUGUUGCCCCCGCAAAACUUUAGCCAGGGACUCUCCCAGAGCUCUUGCUCGGUGAAACAAUGUCUCACACUAUGUCCUCGAGUUGAGUCUCACAAAGGACCACAGUCAAUUAGACAUUUCCACGACUAUGAGAGAAAUAGUGACAAAUUCAGUUUUCCACCCUUUUAAAUACAUUGCAGUCACACAAGACUGCCUACAAAGACAAAUUAAUUAUUUGUUCAUGCAUUUCUUUAUUAAUAAAAUUGCUUUGUGGUAAA